GGCACUCCGCUGGGCCUGGGACCCGCCGGCGGCGGCGAGACACCGGGGCUGCGGCGCCGCCAGCCCGCCAGCCCUGCCCGCAGAGUCCGGCCGCCGCGCGCCGUCCACACACGCCACCGCCGCAGCCGCCAUGGGCUCCUGAGGCCAGCUCGUCGCUUACUGCAAGGGUUUGUCUCAGGGACCCCUGGCUGCCAGGCACCAUGACGGUGAGGGGGGCCGCACUGGCCCCGGAUCCAGCGUCGCCCACGACCAUGGCAGCAUCGCCCAGUGUGUCUGUGAUCCCUGAGGGCAGCCCCACGGCCAUGGAGCAGCCUGUGUUCCUGAUGACAACCGCGGCGCAGGCCAUCUCCGGGUUCUUCGUCUGGACGGCCCUGCUCAUCACCUGCCACCAGAUCUACAUGCACCUGCGCUGCUACAGCUGCCCCAACGAGCAGCGCUACAUCGUCCGCAUCCUCUUCAUCGUGCCCAUCUACGCCUUCGACUCCUGGCUCAGCCUCCUCUUCUUCACCAACGACCAGUACUACGUGUACUUCGGGACCGUGCGGGACUGCUACGAGGCCCUGGUCAUCUAUAAUUUCCUGAGCCUGUGCUAUGAAUACCUCGGGGGAGAAAGUUCCAUCAUGUCGGAGAUCAGAGGGAAGCCCAUCGAGUCCAGCUGUAUGUACGGCACAUGCUGCCUCUGGGGAAAGACUUACUCCAUUGGGUUCCUGCGGUUCUGCAAGCAGGCCACCCUGCAGUUCUGCGUGGUGAAGCCACUCAUGGCUGUCAGCACUGUGGUCCUCCAGGCCUUCGGCAAGUACCGGGAUGGUGACUUUGAUGUCACCAGCGGCUACCUCUACGUGACCAUCAUCUACAACAUCUCCGUCAGCCUGGCCCUCUACGCCCUCUUCCUUUUCUACUUUGCCACCCGGGACCUGCUUAGCCCCUACAGCCCCGUCCUCAAGUUCUUCAUGGUCAAGUCCGUCAUUUUUCUCUCCUUCUGGCAAGGCAUGCUCCUGGCCAUCCUGGAGAAGUGUGGGGCCAUCCCCAAGAUCCACUCAGCCCGCGUGUCCGUGGGCGAGGGCACCGUGGCCGCCGGCUACCAGGACUUCAUCAUCUGUGUGGAGAUGUUCUUCGCAGCUCUGGCCCUGCGGCACGCCUUCACCUACAAGGUCUAUGCUGACAAGCGGCUGGAUGCGCAAGGCCGCUGCGCCCCCAUGAAGAGCAUCUCCAGCAGCCUCAAGGAGACCAUGAACCCACACGACAUCGUGCAGGACGCCAUCCACAACUUCUCGCCUGCCUACCAGCAGUACACGCAGCAGUCCACCCUGGAGCCCGGGCCCGCGUGGCGCGGCGGCGCCCACAGCCUCUCGCGCUCCCACAGCCUCAGUGGCGCCCGCGACAACGAGAAGACUCUGCUGCUUAGCUCUGAUGACGAGUUCUAGGUGCGGCUGCUGGUGGGGAGGACUGGCACCUUGGCCCGGGGCAGGGUGGGCCCCCCUCCAGCCCUGCGCGCGGGCCGGGAGGCAGCCUGGCACAGCUUUGGCGUUGCCCGUUAAUUUAUUGGACCAGAAACACUCACCUGUCGCUUCCGGAGGAACAGCCAGAAGCUGUGGGCCCAGGGGACCGCCCAGGCUCACAAUGAGCCUUCAGGAAUAUUUAUACGAGGCCACCCCUGCUUCUGGGCGAGGGACAGAGGACACCGUGCGCGACUGCUGUGCCCCUGUGGCUUGUCCUGUGGCGGCAUGGUGGGACCAGCCGUGGUCAUGGUGGACCAGUGGCCGCGGCCCUCUCAGCCCCCACGCGGCUCACCCCCUCCCCCAUGAGACUUAAGCCCUGCCCCCAACACCGUGCAAUACUCUGACCCGGGCUCUUUCCUGCCUGCUCCUGCCCUCGUGCCCCCUGUCCACGCUAGAUUAGCCUCACCCUGGGCCAGAGGGGCAGGAGGGAACCCAGAUGCUCCCUGCCGCCCCUCCUGACCCAGGCCUGCCUGGCAUGCUGCAAGGACCAGAGCGGCACCAAGAGCCACGUGUCCCACAUCGGAAGGGCACUCAGGUGCAUCUGGGCCCUUCUUCUGUUGACGAGGCCUCUCCAAGCAGGGCUCCCUGGGCCCCUGGGUGUCCUCUCUGUGGCUGCCCUGCCUGCCUGCCUCAUGCCCCUUCCUCCUGGCCUGCUGAGGGCAGCCAGCGGCCCACACUGCCCUGUCACUUGGGGUCUGUCUUCUGGAGAGCAUUUUGGGCAGAGCCCCUGCUUCCAGGCUGCUGAAAGGGUUGGCGGCUCCCAGCCCCUCCUUCCCAGGCUGAGCAACGAGAACCUCCACAGGGUCCUGGUCUCUCCCUAGGGCUUCUCCUUUCCGUUUCAGGGGAAGGGUCUGAGUCUCCACAUGUCAGACCAGCUUCUGGAGGAACAGUCCUAUGGGAGGGAGGAUGGAAGGAGGGGGCGUGCAGCAAGGAGCUGGGAAGUGGGAGGAGUGACCCCAGACUCCUCUCCCUGGCGCCGUAUCCACACAGGGCCUGGUGUCCUGCCUCGCCUGGUCCCUCGGCCCAUCUCUUCUGUGCCUUAGUCACAUACGAAAGCUGCCCCUUCCUAGGCCCUCAGUCUGUCUGGCCACAGACACUCCCUGGGGGCCCCUCUCAAGCUCCUGGCACUCAGAGGAUCCUGCUGCGCUGGGCCAAGCACCCUUGGACAGGCCUUAGGGGUGGCCAGGAUCGCCAGUCCCCUCCCCUCGCUCACCUCCACGCCCAUAUACCUGGAGCCUCCGAGGGCCAGAGCCCCCCGGCAGGCCGGCUUACACCGGCCACUAUCUUAGGAGGAGCUCCUACAGGCGGAGCGUUCUGUCAUUUGGAACCCAGAUGGCACUUGGGUUUGGGCUGUAACAGCCUGGAGAAGGUGGUACGGUGAGGAGGGCCCUGGCCUGUGGCACCGGAACUUCACCGUGGAGUCUCUUCCUUUUCGUUCAUUCCUGGAAUGAAGUGUGCCAAGGGCCCGGUGGGGGAUUCCACCCCAGUCGUCUUCCCAGGCUGCCUUUGGCCCUGUGACCAAGCCAGCCCCCCCGGGGUCACAGAGGCCUGUCCGGUGGGCCUGGCCAGCUGGUACCAAGCUGCCCAGGAAGGUGGCAGGUGGGAGCAGGCUGUCUGAGAUCCUCGGUCCCCUCUCCCCCCUUUGCUUUCACAAAUCUGUGUGAUUCUCCUUCCAGGCCAAAGUGUGCUGCCGACUCCCUGCCCCCUGUUCUUGGCCCACCCUGGCACUUGCUGGCUAGCAUGGUUUGUGGGGAGGACACGGGGGUGGGGGGGCACUCCAGCGGAGUCGAGGGGCCGGGAACGCGUGCCCACCCACUCCACCCUUCCUUCCUAGGAUGCAUAACCUUUUUUUUUUUUUUUUAGUUCCUCCCCCCCCCCCCCCCCCGAUAGAGUAGAUCUUUGUACAUAAAAAAUACUUGAAAACCGAACUGGAUGAUGUAUGAGAGGACAGAGUCCCCUAGUUUUGUAUCUUGUGUAUGAUUGCCAUGAAUUCCACCAGAAAGCCGCUCUAUUUUGGUCUCUGUGACAUUUUAAAUGCGUGACAGAAGUGAGCAAAUAAAGUGAGAAAUAUAUAUAUAUGAGAUAAUAUAGAUUGUAUUGAAAUC